AUGGCCUAUCUCAACCCCACUCAAAACCUUAAUGAAGAAGCCUCCUGGCAGAUGACUCCCCAUGACCCACAUAACCUUCACAAGGGUUUCAAGGUCGCAGUGCAGACUCCCUUCGGAAUCGCAUGGACGAACUUCGAUUUCCGAGCUGCAAGCUUGCCGGCUCCAACAUUCGACAUCUCACUUCCACCCUUCACAGCCUGGUCAGAGUCGAACCAGCCCACGAAACCAAUAACCCCAGCCCCUAGUCCACCACCUCCACCCGGUCCCGGCCCGCGACGGAACGGUUUUGAAGGCACCGACCUUGAUGUCUGGAAGCAAGAUGCCGAUCGAUGGCUCGAUCCCCUCGGACAGAAAACAUCCCCAUACCCCUUCUUCAAAACUCUGCCCGGAGGAAGCGGAAGUGGAUCUGGCAGUGGAAUCAAAGAAGGCGCCGGCAACCCAGCACCGACAGCCAAACCUCCGACCCGGCCAAGCAAAGAGCUGACUGAGAUCCUCAUGUAUGUGCAAAGCAUUCAUCACAGCCAGGGCUACAUGGAGAAUGAGCUUAGUGAGCAGAGACACGACCUACUCUCGCUGGAGAAGAAGACAAUGAAUAAACUUCACGACCUUAAGCUUGCUGUUCAAGCUGUUGGGUCGAAAUUCAAACUGUUUACUAACCCGCCAAUGAAUCCUGAAGGGGACUGGAUACCGGAGCCAAAACCACAAGGCCCAUUCCGGCAAGUUGAAGGAGAGUCUGUGGCCAACGACCCAGAAGCUGGCCUGGAGGUACCCUGGUUGGGCUUGGAAGAGUCAAAAUGGGAUUUCUCAAAACUCAAAGAGGCAGGUACAGACGAGCCUGAGGUGGAAGACGACUUUGAAGGAAUAUCAUUGUGGGAAAUGAGACCUAGGCCGGGCAAGCCUGAUCAUGACCCUCCGCCGCCGAAGCCAGAUCGUCAGCCGAAGCCGAAGCCGAAACCUAGGCCAAACACGAAACCGCAGAGGUGA